AUGCAGUGCUGUCUGUGCAAGCUCCGUACCCACCAGUGGUGCUUCCUCCUCUUCAACGUGCUACUCUUCCAUGCCCUGCUGUUUGGGGCAGACUUUGUCGAGGAGUACCUCCUGCAGCCCACGCCUGGGGUCUACACUGAUGGCAUGGUUGUUGAUGUGAGAGAAAAAGCAAGGAAACUAGAUCUCAGCAAGGCCAGGGACAACGUGUCCCAGGCCUACGCCAUCGCUAACCCUGAUGCCUGCACAAACUCUGACCUCUUCCUGCUCACUGUAGUCUUCAGCUCCACAGCUAAUAUCACCCAAAGAGACGCAGUCAGGAGGACGUGGGCCAACCAAACGCUCAUCCAAGGUUUCCCAGUCCGGAUACUGUUCUUCUUAGGAUCAACUCAGACUUCUGCAGCACAAAAGGCCCUCAUGACAGAGUUUGACCGCUAUGGGGACAUGGUCCAGGGUCAUGCUGUGGCUGACUCAUCGCUCCGUGGCCCAACAGAAAGGACAGUGCUUGCACUCCGCUGGGUGAUCGCCUUCUGUCCCGUGGCACGUUUUGUUCUGCUGACCAAGGACACUGUGUUUGUCAACCUCCCUGCCAUCGGAAGCUACCUGCUCGGGCUGCACAGACACCCUGAGGACCUUUAUCUAGGUAGGGUGAUCCAGAGAGACUCCCCUGACAGGGACUCUAACAGUCCUGGCUACCUGCCCCCAGCUCUCUACCCUGACAAGUACCUGCCUGAAUACUGUGACGGGACAGCUUAUGUUCUAUCCCAGGAUGUGGUCCGAAAAGUGUACGUGGCGUCCGCAGCAGUCUGUGCACCUGUGCCUGCUGAUGUUUUUGUGGGCCUCUGUGCUCAGAAGGCUGGUGUGGCACCAACCCACAGUGCCAGGUUCGCAGGAGAGAAACAUGUCCGCUACAACGCCUGCUGUUACCGCUAUCUGUUCAGCUCAGCAGGAAUGGGAGGCCUUGAACUAGACGCGGUGUGGGCAGAUCUGGGAGUGAAGGGUGGAGGAUGCUCACUGCUGCAGACAUACUAUGGCCUGGUGACCUGCAAGGCCCUCACAUACCUGGAUAAACUGUCUUUCUUCAACUCUGAGAGCCAAGAUGACUCACAUGGGUAA